AUGGCCGAGCCGAUAAAGCCGGCACUGGUACAGAAAGGGGCGGUCAAGGAUCCCUCACAGAAGAAGAGGGUUCAACUGCAAGCUCCUCUCAAGCCUGAAGAGGAGGGCGAAGUGGACAUCCCGCUUAUCGUGACAGACAUACAAUCUCAUGCGCAAGAGAUAAAAGCGCUAUCGAAAGAGAUCAAGGAGCCACAGCCGAAGCCACUGAGCGUCACAACAAGUCACGCGACUGCGACAAGUCCGGAGAACAAAACCCUGCAAGAGCAGGUUGAACAGCUGGAAACUGGCCUUGCGCGGUGCGUGGCUGAUUUUCGUGCUCAGGCAGAAGAGGUGCUGAUGAACCACCUUGACAACCUUGAAGAAGUGCAGUUGGCGCAUGAGUUCGAGGUCGCGAACUUGAUGGCAGAAAACAUGCUGCUCCGCGAAAAGCUAGGCCUCAAGUCGACGGAUCAAGUACGAGAUGUGAUGUUUCAAAACAUAGUCCCUGAGCCCAAAAAGAAGCCGCGACGUGGACAGAGGAAUCAGUUCCAGGACGAAGAAGAAUCUGGACCGCAGUCCUUCAAGCAGAAGCAGGAUGAGAAGGGAUUCCCUCCCCCUCCCGGCCAUCAGCAGCAAGGCCGGAACCAGAGAAAGGGAGGGAAGAACCAACCGCCUGGUGGGAGCUGGCAAGCCUUCAUGGCGUGGGUUCCCAACGGUUCUGCUAUGCAGAAUGCGGAGCCGUGGAAGCCCCUUCCACAGCCCGACAUUGCGCAAGCACAGACUCCGCAAGCGCAGGGCAAAUCGAAGAAAGAGAAAAAGAAUCCGACCGGGUCAGAUCAGCUGUCCGUGAUCCCUGGCGUGCCCUCGGAAGACAAACGGAAAGAUGACGAUGAUGACUCGGAUAGUGACAGUGGAAGAAGUAAUUUGGCCGGAGAGGAGCAGUAUGAAAUGCUUGAGGUCUGGAAAGCCUCAUCCAAGCAGAUGAAGAAGUUCAAGCGUGGUAGCCAUGGAGAAACUGAGAGCUCUGUUCCUUUCCGUGAGGAAGAAGACGAGUAUCAGGAACAACCGCCACAUGGCUGGAUCCUGAACCCGGACUCAAACAUACGGAUCUCCUGGGAUCUUGGGAGCUUGGUGAUGGUGCUCUAUGACAUGGUCAUGAUUCCCAUGCAGGCAUACACUUUGCCCGAUAACAUCUUCCUUGACUUUAUGGAGUGGUCCACAAGACUUUUCUGGACCUUCGAUAUCUUCUUCUCCUGCAUCACAGGUGUUGUCAUGACGGAUGGCUCCGUUGAGUACAAUUUGAAGAUUAUCUUAAAGCGAUACGCAAGAACCUGGCUGACACUUGAUCUGAUGAUCGUGGUUUCUGACUGGGCCGAAGUGAUCUUCUCAACAGGGAGUAUGGAAAUGAUAAACUUGGCGCGCAGCACGCGCAUCAUUCGAAUCGUCCGAUUGCUUCGGCUUGUCCGUAUGCAGGAGAUCAUGGCUAAUGUGACUGAGCGCAUACAAUCUGAGACCCUCGGACCAAUGAUUCAGGUCGGCAAGGUUACCGUCGUGCUGCUGACGAUUUCACACUUCACGGCAUGCCUUUGGUUCAGCGUCGGCAAUCGCGCUACAACUGAAAAUACUUGGGUAAAAAUUGAGAACUACGAGACUGCUGGCGUUGAUGCUCAGUAUUUGGCUUCUCUGCAUUGGGCCUUGUCGCAGUUUUCAGGCGGUAUGGAUGAGAUCACGCCUGCCUCGUCCCUGGAACGGCUCUUCGCAGUGGGCAUAGGAACCAUCAUCUUCGUCGUCGCUCUCGUGAUGAUGGGCGUCUUCACCUCCGGCCUCACGCAGCAGUACAUUAUCGGAGGCAGUGGAGCCCGUCAGCUCGCGACGUUGAAGCGGUACCUGAAGCAGAACAACGUCUCAAAAGUCAUUACGAAACGAGUGUGCCGAAAUGCCAAGCAUGCAAUCUCAGGGGACUUGACCCCGGAAUCUGUAGAAUUGCUCCAAGUCAUUUCCGAGCCGCUGAAAGUUGAGCUGGCUUUCGACAUGUAUUCUCAGGUCCUCAUGUGGCAGCCCUUUUUCCUGGAGCUGCUUUCGGAGAGCUCGCCGAUCAUGAAACCGAUCUGCCACAGAGCGAUGUCCAUGCUUCUCCUCUCCAGUACCGACAUUGUCUUCAAUUCGGGCGAGGAGCCGGCAGAACCCAAAAUGUAUAUUGUUGUAUCAGGUAGCCUGGAGUACACGGACUCUUAUGGAGAAGUGGCCCCAGUCGGAGAGAGGCGGUACCUGGCUGAAGCUGUUUUGUGGACACAUUGGAAGCACCGUGGAACCUUGACUGCUGUGAGUGAUGCCAAGCUGGCAAUGCUUGAUGCACAAGGCUUCCGUGACAUUUGUCAGCGAUUUAUGAGAAGAAGCGAGGCGGCGUUGAGGAUCGUUCGAUACGCCUCUGACUUCGUAGAUGAGCUGAACAAGCAAGAGUUCAAGUCAGAUCUGGGCAAGUGA